AUGGCGAGCAAACGCGGGUUGGAGAUGCAGCUGGAUGUGCUGUUCAGCUACAGGUUCCCGCAGCAGCUAGCAGUAUUGCUUUACAAGAAUGUGCUGGUGGCAUGGCGCAGCCGCCGCUCCACCGUGUUGCGCUUUCUGGCGCCCAUGCUGUUCCUGGUGCUGGCGCUGGUGAUGCAGAUUGCGCUUGAUGCGAGCCUCGCAGCGGAGGGCCGCUAUCGGCCCAUCACAACUGGGGUGCGGCAAGACCUCUCCACCAUUCCAGACUGCAACAGCGACAUUUACAUCCAUGACCGACCAUGUGUGACGCUGAUCUACACACCCAGCACAAAUCCUGUUGUGCAGCAAAUUAUACAGCGCAUACGAACCAAUAAUAGCCCAGAAAUACCAGCCCACAAGGUCUUGGGCUUCCCAGACAGAGCAGCGGCUGAGGCGUACAUGGGGGCAUACCGCGACACAGUCCUGGGCGCCGUUCACUUUUUGGAGGCGCCAGGCGGUGGGCUGCAGUACCUGCUGCAGAGCAACUCUAACGCCAAAACAUUCAAGUCGUUUGUGCAGGACCCCCAGGUUUUCUGGCAGUCGCCCGUCAUGUCGGCGGUGUCGCGGGAGCUCGCGCGCCAGGCGCUGCUCGACGAGGGCCGCGCCGGCGACGCGGACUCCCUCGCGUGGAGCCCGCUGCUCGUGCGGUUCCCACACCCGGAGAUGACGACGCUGUCGUUCACGGGACGCGUGAUCGCGCCCUGCAUAUUCGCAGCCUGCAUGUUUGGCGCCGUCACACAGAUGGCCCAGAUCGUGUCUGAGAAGGACUCUGGGCUGCGGCAGGCAAUGCGCACGAUGGGGCUGAUGGACAGCAGCUACUGGGCCAGCUGGGUGCUGUUUGACCUGGCUUUUGGCACCCUGCUGACCCUGGCAAUUCUGUUCUCAGGCAUGAUCCUGCGCUUCAGGUUCUUCCUGGUGAAUGACUUCGGGCUGCUGUUUGCGCUCUUCUGGCUGUUCCUAGCGGCCAUCUCUGGGUUCACAUACUUUGUGACGGCCUUUAUUGGCAAACCCCAGGCAGCCGUGUACGCCGGCUUCAUUGUGUUCCUGGCCGGCUGGACGUUCCAGGGCAUCGUGACCUACGGCCUGCCCUACACGCCGUCAUUCUUCUACGAGAGCAGCCCUGUCAAGCGCGUGUACCACCGCGCCAUCUACUGGCUGUUCUCGCUCAUGCCCUGGAACCCCCUGGUCAAGGCGAUCCUCGACAUGGCGUCCGCAACCAACACGGACGUGAUGCCCGGCAUCAGAUGGGCCGAGCGCGACUCGUACUGCACCGCAACGCCGCCCGGGGAGCACGACGGAUACGACCCCGCGACGACCUGGAGGGACUUUGCAUGCGUCUUCCCAGUGGGCCAGUGCCUGGUGGCGCUGGCGCUGCAGUUCCUCUGCUACACAGCCCUGGCCGUGUGGCUCGACAACGUGCUGCCCAAUGCGCUGGGCGUGUCGCGUUCCCCGCUGUUCUUCCUGCACCGUGCGUUCUGGCGCCCGCGGCCCGCGGAGCAGGGGGAGGCGCUCGCGCGGCUGGUGGCGGAGGGGGAGGCGCGCGCGGCGGCGCUCAAGAUGUCUGCAAAGGCCAACACGCGGCUGAGCGUGGCGGGGGGCCCUGACGAGGACGAGGACGUGGGGGAGGAGUCGGCCCGGCUCAAGCUCAGCCUGGGGUCCAAGCUCAACGGCGCCCUCAAGGCGGAGCAGAGCGAGUGGCUGGGCCUCGGCAAGGGCCGUCCUGGCGGCGGCGCGGCGGCCGCGCGCGGCGUCCGGCGCCGCAGCAGCGCCAGUGGAGCCGGCAGCAGUGGCGGGGGCGGCGGCGGGGGCGGCGCGCCGCACGAUGCGGCGCACCAGCGGCAGUGGCAGGUGAUCAGGGAGCACGUGCCCAGCUCGAAUCUGGACUAUGCUGUCGAGGUGUUUGGCCUGCAGAAGGUCUUCCGGCUGAGCUGGUGGGCCAAGAACAUGCCGCGGUGGCUCGGCGGCUCCCCGGCCGGGCGCGACUUCUGGGCCAUCAAGGACAGCUGGUUUGGCAUCGAGCAGGGCAGCCUGUUCUGCCUGCUGGGGCCCAACGGCGCCGGCAAGACGACGACAAUCAACUGCCUCACAGGCGCGCUGCCGCCCACCGCGGGGGAUGCACUGGUGCACGGCGAGUCUCUCUGUGGCGAGGGCGGCCUGGAUCGCGUGCGGUCGCUGAUGGGCGUGUGCCCGCAGUUUGACGUCCUGUGGAACGAGCUCAGCGGCGUCGAGCACCUCACCAUCUACGGUCACAUCAAGGGGCUAAAAUUCAGCGAGGUGCCCCUCCACGCCGCCGACCUGCUGGAGAAGGUGAAGCUGACGUAUGCCGGCUCCGUCCGCAGCGGCAGCUACAGCGGCGGCAUGAAGCGGCGGCUGAGCGUGGCCAUGGCGCUGCUGGGGGACCCAAAGAUUGUCUACCUGGAUGAGCCCACCACAGGAAUGGACCCCAUCAGCCGGCGCUACGUGUGGGACAUCAUCCAGGAGGCCAAGGCAGGCCGCGCCAUCGUGCUGACAACGCACUCCAUGGAGGAGGCUGACAUCCUGGGGGACAGGAUCGCCAUCAUGGCGCGCGGCCGCCUCAAGGCCAUCGGCAGCAGCAUACGCCUCAAGCAGAAGUACGGCGCCGGCUACACGCUCGCCGUCUCGGUGCAGCACCCCGCCGCGGGCGACAACAGCCUCGAGGCACUGGCGGCGCGCGCGGAGGGCGUGCGGGACUUCUUCCUCGCCCGGCUGGGGCUGCUGCCGUUCGAUGAGGGGCGCGCGCACCUGCACUACCUCGUGCCGCGCGAGCAGGAGGCGCGGCUGGGGGCGGUGCUGGUGGAGUUGGAGCGGCAGCGGGGCGCGAUGGGCGUGAGCGACGUGCAGCUGAGCCUCACCAGCCUGGAGGAGGUUUUCCUCACAAUCGCGCGCAAGGCCGAGCUGGCCGCCGCGGAGGCGCACGGCACGACAACUGUCGAGGUCCCACUGCCCGACGGCGGCGUGCUGCACGUCGCGCUGGGGCAGGACCAGGGCGUGAACCCCGCGGAUGGCCGCGUGUACGCAAUCAAGUGGGCGCAGGACGACGCCGGGCGCCUCGUGGUGCUGGACGUGCUGCCGCUCGGCGCGCAGGCGCCGGGGGUCGGGAUCCCGGGCUUGGACGGCACCGGCGCGGCCGCGCGGCGGCCGUCGGGCGCGGGGCUGCGGCGCCGCGGCCACGCGCCGGGCGGCGUCAGGCGCACGUCGAGCCUGUCGCAGAUGCUCAGCGCGGGCAUCGAGAUGCUGCUCGGCGGCAAGGCCUCCCCGGCGUCGCUGGGCCAUGGCAGCGCGCACAGCAGCAGCGGCGGCUGCGCAAACGGCCUGGGGAGCAGCGGCGGGCCGGCGGGCGGCGCGAGGGCGUGGCCGCGCAACAGCAGCGGCGGCGGCGCGGCGGCGGAGCUCGGGGAGCGUGGCUAUCGGAUCAGCGGCGCGGGGCCGGGGCCGCAGGCGGGCCUGCCCCCUAUCCCCGGGCGAGGUGCGCCUGGCCAUGCGCCGCGUAGCCAUUGGUGA